AUGUCUUGGGCGUCACUGCUCUUGCCGGAAGACGGCUGGGGCUGUUGUUUUCCCGGUGGUUUUCUUGGUUGUCCCGGCGGUGGAACUUCCGGCGGACCUACUGGUGGUCCCCCUGGUGGAUCUAUUACAGGUGGUGACGGUUUUGGCGGGUCCAUCGGGGGCUCUAGAGAUAUUCCCGGUGGUGUUUUCGGUGGUUCCGCUGCUGGAGGACUCUCUGGCGGGUUUUCUAGUCCCACCUGCCGGGGUUCUACAAGUAGUUUUGAUUGCUGUGAGGACACUGCUGCUUGGGACAAGGGCGGAACUGGUCCUGCUUCAGCUGGCGGUGGAGGUGGUGGCCCAAAACCUGGCGGAGGGGGCCCGAAGCCUGGUGGAGGAGGAGGUCCCGGGGGUCCCGGAGGCGGCGGUCCGAAUCCCGGUGGUGGAGGAGGUCCCGGGGGCCCAGGAGGCGGCGGUCCGAAUCCCGGGGGAGGAGGAGGUCCCGGGGGUCCAGGAGGCGGCGGCCCCAAUCCUGGAGGCGGCGGGCCCGGGGGUCCUAGAGCAGGUGGUCCCGGGGGUCCUGGAGGCGGUGGUCCAAAUCCUGGCGGAGGCGGUCCAGGCGCAGGACCAGGCGCAGGACCAGGACCAGGACCAGGGCCAGGGGGCCGUGGUCCCGGCGGCGGUGCCUGCCGGCGAGCUAUCUCUCCUGAUGCUAGCGUUGACAUGUGGUUAUCUGGGGCACUUGCCAUCGACUAG